UGCAUUUAUUGCACUAAUCAUCUGAACAACCAUUGAUAAACAUAGAGCGUAAGCUACCAAAGCAUCGAACUCGAACCACCGCUAAACUGGCCAAACACCAAAUGCCUCAGCUAGCCGAGCCGUACAAAUAUACAACUCUCCCAACAGCAACAUCCGUACAGGAUCUACAUACACAGCGUAGUAAGUUCGGACUAAGGUUGUUGUCGUCUAAUUAAGCUUAAAUCUUAGCGCCCCAGCGUUCUACCCUGGAGGUUUACUCCGUACACAGUAAGCUAAUGUCGGCUUCCGAGGCCAUACCCAUGGGCCAAGACGCGCCCGUUUCAUUAAUAAUAGCAAGGGACAACACGCGCCACUGUGUAAACAUUGGCUAGCGAAACAUAUGCCCAAAGGACUUCACCGCAGGAAUGCCACUGGGAAAUCCGCUGAGCUCUCAGGAAAAUGUUCCGUUCUAGCUGGAGACGAGUCACAUGGCUUGGGACGUUUUAUCGUCAGUUCCUCAGCGCUGUACUUAUGGAUCGCACUUGCCCUGCAGAUGUGCGGUGUGUAGCAUGCCUCUUUCCAUCCAAACUAGCCCAAGUUGAACGAGGUGAUAACUGUUGGAUGCGCUUUCCCUUUUCUCCGCUGGGGGUCCCUUUCUGCUAUUUAUUGACCUCAUCCUCUUUUGCUUCGGGCGAUAUGGUUUAUCUUCGAACAACAUCCAGAUAGUACAUAGACAUUCUUCCCAUUGCUGCAGAGCGCAAUCAGCCUUAGCUUUGAAUAAAUUGCAUAUCUACCUGAUAUAGAUUUGCUGCAAACGGCGAAGGUCAAAAUAUUUUCCUUGCCAUAAACCUGAUUUAUUUUUAUCAGGACAUUUAUGUCGCGGUUACCAGAUGCCCAAUCGAACUUGUCUCCUUUGUGCAGAAAUAUUUCGCCUCGGCCCGUGCAGUCGCCUUCGGGCAGUAUAAGGCAGGGUGGGAACCAUGAGUCUUUGGUCAAGAGGAGUUCAGGAAAUUCAGGACUUACUACGGAGCUGUGUGAGAAUAAUGGACCUUUUUAUUCCAGCAGCGUGACAGAAUACUGCCCUGAAGACCGAAGGCAAAUAGGUAUCAUCAGUGCUUCCUUUUUGAUCUUUAAUAGGAUUAUUGGAACAGGUAUAUUUGCAACUCCCAGCGCUAUUCUAGCGCUCACAGGUAGUGUCGGGCUAUCUUUGAUAAUAUGGAUAAUGGGUAUGGCUAUUGCCAUGACUGGCACGGCAGUCUACCUUGAGUUCGGCACUACGAUCCCAAGAAACGGAGGAGAGAAGAAUUACCUCGAAUAUGUGUAUACCAAGCCGAAAUUCCUAGCUACAGCAAUGUUCGCCUCGUAUGCCCUGUUUCUGGGAUGGGCGGCAGGUAAUAGCGUCGCAUUUGGCGAAUAUGUUCUUCACGCAGCGGAUAUUGGGGUGAAUCGAUGGAAUCAGCGGGGUAUCGGUUUUGCAUGUAUCACUGUGGCAUUUCUCAUACACGUAACCGCUGUCAAAUGGGGGCUGCGUCUGCAGAAUCUCCUUGGAGUUAUGAAGCUGAUUAUAAUCCUCAUUAUUGUGGUUGGAGGGGCUAUGGCUCUUGGUGGCCACAUGAAAAUUGAGAAAACUAACAGCUUUUCUCACCCCUUCGAAGGAAGUAUUCCAAGUGUAUAUGGGAUCGUCACAGCACUGUAUAGCGUGAUUUGGUCGUACAUUGGAUACUCAAACGCAAACUAUUCGUUGAGUGAAACGAGAAAUCCAGCUCGAACAUUGAAAAUCGCUGCGCCUAUAGGGGUUGGUCUUGCGGGUGUUUUGUAUAUGCUUGUCAACGUUGCAUACUUUGCCGCUGUUCCGAAACAAGAUAUCUUGGGUUCCGGACGUAUCCUAGCAGCCUCCUUUUUUCGAAAUGUUUUUGGGCCCAAAGCAGAGAGGAUUUUGUCCGUUUUUGUCGCCCUGUGUGCCUUUGGGAAUGUUCAGGCUGUUAUAUUUUCCCAAGGUAGAAUUAUCCAAGAGUUAGGUCGAGAAGGCGUUCUGCCAUUUUCCAGGUUCUGGGCAAGCAAUAGGCCUUUCAAUUCCCCAGCUGCAGGGCUUUUCGAGCAUUAUGCUAUAUCCGCCAUUGUUAUGCUUGCCCCCCCACCGGGAGAUGCGUACAACUUCUUGCUCAACUUGAUUGCAUAUCCGCUCUCAGUUGUGAACAUAUUUGUCUCUGCUGGCUUGAUGCAUAUAUAUCUAUUUCCGAAACGCUAUCCCGACUGGUCUCCGACAAUACGUGCCAGUCGACCAAUUACCUUUUUUUUCUUACUUUCCAACGUCUUCCUGGCAGUGGCACCCUACCUACCACCGCCCGAUAAAGAACAUAAUGUCUAUGCACAUUUGCCAUACUAUAUUCAUUGCGUAGUUGGGCUUGGUAUUUUUGCGGUAGGUGCGAUAUAUUGGCUGUUUUGGGCGGCAUUAUUACCUUGGAUGGGCAGUUAUCGCCUUGGGGAACAGAUAGUUAUCGCCCCGGAUGGCUGGUCGAGGCAAAUCAUAACAAGAGUUCCUAUCGGCGCCGAAGAGAAGGGGAAACUUGGAUUGGAAGGAGGCGGAGCUGGCUGGAAAGGAUGAGGCUGGGUGCACACCAUUAGAGCUUGGUUUUGUUGGACGGAUUUAUCAAGCGACAUGGGAUAAAGCAGUUCUUCAACUAGUUAUCAUUAUUGUAGAUUAUGAUACAUGGCUUAUACACGUUACUUCUUAAUAAGCUGGUCCCCGAAUUGGGCGGGUCAGGCCAAUCCUGCAGAGUGAGGAUAUCCUAGUUGUUUCUUUUCACACAAUGACCAGAGGCAAAUCAUAAAAUGAAAACAUAAUGUUCCAGUCUUCUAUGGAGAUGAACUCAUUGUACAUACCUACGCAGCAAUCACUUCUGAGAAUGAUGAUGAAUAGGCAGUGGAACGCACC